AUGUACUACAGGGACUUUGACUAUAGAACAAUAAUCGCAUAAAACAUUCAGGAUUUUCAACAUCAAGGUUAGACCUUGAUAAUGGAUCUUUAUAUGGUAUCACUUUAAGGGAAUACUUAUAAUAAAAAUUAUGCUGGUAACAAAGAAGGUUUGAUUACUGGAUUUGGGGUAAUGAGAAUAGAAUUUUCUAAAGAAAGAUUUAUCAAUAAUGGGGAGAAUUCUAAUGAUCUUAUUCCUUUGCUGAAUAAGAUAGAUGACAGCACUUUUAGGCUAUUAGAAGAAGAUCAAUCAACAGCAAAUGCAUAAGAGUUUAAUUACGCAUUUUAAGCAACAAACGAUUAAGGGUUAUCAGCUGAUGAUCUUGAAUAAUAUCUUCUCAAAUCCUAGAUAUUCUUGUAGAGUGUGAGUUAUGUUAUUUUAGAUGAUAUUUAUUCAGAGGGAUUUAUUAACCUGCAGGUUCAAUACUCUUCUGAUAAGGGAUAGUUGCUCUACAUGGAGUAAUUUUAUGGAACAAUGAACAUUAUCAAUAAUACAGUGGCUAAUUCAAUUGGUAUAAACAACAAAUACCUAACAGAGAAGCUUAGAUUGUUUGAUUCAUCUGCUACAAAAAGAAGUAUGGAAAUCUUCACCCAAUAUAUGCAUUAGAAGAAACAUGCUUGCUUGGAGGAUUGA